AUGCCGAGUGGGAACUGUGAUACCUGCAGCUUAAUAAGCCCUGAGCUUCUGUUACAGGGUAUAUUGCAUCUGUAUUACCGAUUGACUCACAAAGCAUUUGAAAUGAAGCUUCUCGUUAUUUCCGUGUUGAUAAUAGCAGCAGCUGCGUGGGUGGAAGGUCAGGCUCUGGACGUGGAUUGGCGAAUCGUGGCGGCCGAGCUGGACUCUCCUCGCAAGGUGGAGUAUUACGCGUCGUGCGCCUCCGGCCAGGGAAGCUGCGACACAAGAGGCCUUCAGCUGCGCACAUACAUUCCCAUUGUCGCAAGAGGCGAAAGGUGCUUCAGGUGUUCACCGCGAGAGAACAGGAACCUUCUCCAGAUGGUCUCCACUCUGCAACGUCGCUAUCCUCGCUGUUGGCAGAUCCUUGUGCUGGCGGCGCAGGAUAAGCCCACUCCUUCCGCUCGCGGCUGCGCUAGCUAA